GUUUAUUUUCUCAAAAGAAAGAAUGCAGAACAAAGAUCCCUAGUUCACUACAAUUGAAGGAGAAUUACCAGUCGGAGCUCAGCCACCCCGGCACACUAUCUGCUGCACCCUCCGCCGCCUCCGAAUCACAGUAGACUACAAUCUUGUUUGUCAUCACUCACGGGUUUUGGUGUUGCACAGUAAGCAUUAUUAUUGAACAUGCAACUCACACUUGAAUUCGGAGGGGGUUUGGAGCUUCUUUGUGACUCCAAGAAGAUUCACAAUGUCAAUGUUGAACAGCAAAAUGGAGAAGAUAAGUUAACCAUGAAAGGGUUGCUUUCUUGGGUGAAAACCAACUUGAUUAAGGAGAGGCCUGAAAUGUUCAUGAAAGGAGAUACUGUGAGACCGGGAGUUCUCGUCCUUGUGAAUGAUUGUGAUUGGGAGCUAAGUGGUCAGCUGAGUACAUUACUGGAAGAGAAAGAUGUGGUGGUCUUUAUAUCAACCUUGCAUGGUGGCUAGCAUGUAGGUGGUCAAAUAUUUUUAGUAUAAUAAAGACAGUUGUUGGAGUCAUGGUGAACCUUGCUAAUUAAAAUUUGGCAGUCAAAUUGCUGAAUCAACUUACAUAGCCUAUUAUAUGCAUUAAACAAUGCACUUUCACCGCUGUUAUAUUAUGCUAUUAUCUUCAUGACUUUUAGCAAAAGAUGUAAAACAUGUCUGAUAUUAACAAAUUAAAAUUUUCUUACUGCAUACCACAUCUUUAGUUA